AUGGAGACAAGCAGUUGCUUCCGCUAUUACUUCAAGCACCCUUGGUCACGCAUUGCCGUGGCCUACUUGGUCAUCUUCUUCAACUUCCUCAUCUUCGCCGAAGACCCCGUGUCCCACAGUCAGAAGGAGGCACGCAUAAUCGUGGUGGGCAACUGCUUCUCCUUCCUUUUCAGCAAGUACCCUGGAGCAGGGUGGAGUGUCCUCAAAGUUAUGUGUUGGAUACUGGCCAUUUUAAGCGGCCUACUCGCGGGGAAGUUUGUAUUCCACCAACUGAUAUUUGGUCGAUACCUGCGCCUGAAAGUCUUUCGCGAGGAUCAUGGCUCCUGGAUGACCAUGUUUUUCACCACGAUCCUCUUUCUCUUUAUCUUCUCGCACAUCUACAACCUUUUCCUGCAGAUGGCUGGCAGCAUGGAGUCUCACAUUGUGACGGAUUACAUGGGCAUCAGGAAUGAGAGUUUUAUGAAGAUUGCUGCAGUAGGUACCUGGAUGGGGGACUUCGUUACUGCAUGGAUGGUGACAGAUAUGAUGCUUCAAGAUGAUAGCUACCCAAACUGGGGGAAAGGUGCUAGAAGGUUCUGGAAAAAAGGCAACAAUAGGAUUCUCCUCUUCUGGAUCGUGCUGGUCUCGUUGACGUCAGUGGUGGUUCUAGUCAUCGUUACUGACUGGAUCUGCUGGGACAAACUGAACCGAGGCUUUCUGCCCAGCGAUGAGGUCUCCAGAGCCUUCCUGGCCUCCUUCAUCUUGGUCUUCGACCUCCUCAUUGUCAUGCAGGACUGGGAGUUCCCUCACUUCAUGGGUAACCUGGAUAUAAAUCUGCCAGGCUUGUCAACCACUGAGGUGAAUAUCAGGCUUCCCUUCUGCAAAGAUAUAAUCAAAGAGGAGUACCGGAUUCAUAUAACAGGUAAAUGGUUCAACUACGGCAUUAUCUUCUUGGUGAUGAUUUUGGAUCUGAACAUGUGGAAGAACCAAAUUUUCUACCAGCCGUACGAGUAUGGUCAGUACGUAGGGCCCGGCGAGAAGAUCUACACAGUGGAGAAACCAGAAACGCUCAACAAGUUUGACCGCAGCACACUGACUUACGAGUGGCGAAAGACCAACGUGGACUCCACCACUAACCGGACUUACUUGCAUGAGGACAUGUUUCUGCACAGCCGUUAUAUCGGGGCCAGCAUGCAGGUCAAGUGUCUAGCCUUCAUCCCCAGCCUGAUGGCGUUCUUUGCCUUUGGCUUCUUCAUCUGGCUGCUGGGACGAUUCGAGGGCAGCAAAACCUCCACGGAAAAUCAAGACAAUAGCUACGAGAGGAUGAACAGGAAGUUGCCCUGCGAAUACAACAACGAGAUGGCGGCCACCCCCGAAGAAAUGGAGGACAUUGACUUGUCGGACAGCCACCAGCCAUCAGGAAGGUCCACGGUGGACUUUGUGGAUGAGGCGCAAACACCGGAGAUGCCCUCCCCCGUACCUGCGGAAAGCAGAGCAACAGAUCCUGUCGUCACGAUUGACGUGGAGCCACACCAAGAACCGGACGUCCCCCACGAAAUCCAGUUUCUCACGUGGCUCGGCGUCGAUGAAACAGACACCUCUCUGUAUACCAGCAAUCACCCGCCAUGA